AUGCGUACCUCAAUCGCUCUCCUCGUCGCCAUCGCCGCCUCCUCGCAUGCUCUCAAUCCGCGCGGUCAGGACUCCAACUACUUCCUCGAAGAUACCGUACCUCAAGGUUACGUUGUAUCUCAAAUCUCAGACGGCCAGCCUCAAGCCCCAACCUACGCUCCUCCCGUCGUCACUCAGAUCUCUGACGGUCAACCUCAAGCGCCUACCCUCGCUCCGUCUGCCCCAGUUAUUACCCAGAUCUCUGAUGGUCAACCUCAAGCACCUACUCCAGCUCCACCAGUUUCCCAGAUCUCCGAUGGUCAGCCCCAGGCACCGAGCAGCGCUCCAGUCAUUAGCCAGAUAUCUGAUGGCCAGCCUCAAGCUCCAACGACGCUGUUGAUUGAGACCCAGCCACCGGUCGUCCCAUCUGCCGUACCGAGCAUCGUAGUACCCUCUGCCGUCUCCAGCGUUGUCCCAAGCCCAACGCCAUCACCCACUGGAGCUGCUACCAGCGUGAAGGCCAGUGCAUUUGGCCUCGUUGCAGUUGUGGCUGCUAUGAUGUUUGCUUAA